AACAGAACAUAUACAUAAUGAACCCAACCCUUAGAUUAGCAUACAACAAAUUAAGACCUACACCAAUAUACGUGUAUUACGGUCGCAGAGUUCUUCCAGUUGCUGGUUGGUUUUCCGGAAUGAUUAUCAUGUUGGGCUGGCCCUUUGUAUGGCUGAGUACUAGCAACAAGUUGCACAAUGUUCCUAAUAUUAACGGGUUAUAAGUUUAUAUUUGGUGGUUAUAUUUGAAUAUACAAAACAGGUUUUUGAAAUACAUUAUUCAAUGUGCUUGUAGGUUGUUUCUUUCGGAGUUUGAAUAGCUCCACUCGGCUAUAUUUUUGAUAUAUUUUUGUCGUUUUUUUAGUGAUAUUUUUCACCUUGCUUUUGCUAAAAAUUAUGAGCUACAUGA